AUGAAGCAGGAGAAGGAGAAGAAAGAAUUAGUAGUAGGCAUAUUGUGUAUCCGGGAUGAACGGGCUUUCGACAGUUGGUAUCAUGCUCCCUGCUUUAUGUUGGUACCGUCGGUAGAAGUUUAUGGAUUCGGAGGAGGCUUGAAGUAUAGUUUAGCAGGCAGCGUCGUUGGUAAGAUGCCAUUCCCUGCCUUAGCCAUGUCGUACCUUCAGAUCCCACGCUCGCUCAGUCAUAAUUUGACCAAGCUUGACUAUGUACGCCUAUCGCUUAGUGGUGUUUAUCCACGUGUUGUGCUCACUUACCAAGACUCGCUCCUAGAUGCCGUAUGCUCUAGAAUGCUUUGUGUUUCCAAAAACCUCGAAGCCGUCGCGCGACGUUGUAGAGCGCGCAAAUUCGGCCCCGGGACCGAUCUUAAUGCCACUCGCAAGAGCUUGAGCGAACGCCAUCGUCUCUUCAACGCUAUAACUCCAAAUCGUAGCACCUCGCAAGCUUACAGAUUCCCGCCUACGCUCAACUAUCUCCGGCGGGAAAGUCAACCUCGAUCUGGCUGCCAAAUCAUCAGACAUGACCAAUUGGCUCCAAAGGAAGGCUUCAGCCGCAGUAAACAGUCUCGGUCUCUACAUCUCGGAAUCUUCCAGACUCGCUUUUCAAUACAUUGUUCUGCUACGCCUGCCAUCACUGCUUCGAGGUACGCGUACGGUAAUGAUCUUGCCCAUGCCUCCUGGAGCUGCAGUAUGACCAUAUUGCCCAACUUUGAGAAACAGCAGCUGUUGAGCCCCACUGUCGGCAGUAUCACAGCCUUCCUUCAACGCAGCCAAGAUGUCUCAAUAAAGGCGGCCGAAUCGUGGUACUCGGCCGGACGGUGCUCUUCAACAUCCUUCCUUAUACCAUCUCUUUCUCCUGCCCGGCAAGAUCUUAAGCGUUCGCAAAGUCCCGGUAAAGCUACGGGUAGCACUCCCAGAGAUGUGCGAGAUGGCUUUCAACCACUGAUUGCGCACAUAUCUGCUGUGGCCGUGAGACGAGAAAUCGCGCUGAUGCAAUCGCUUCACGGCGCGUGGCAAGGCAAAGAGGGCGUGGUGGCCUGCGUCGCAAUGUCAUCCUGGACAGACCGGUGUUUGGGCGUAGACACAAGAAAGCCUUUUCUUGCCACAAACUUGAUCUUUUGCCAAUCUCCCCAGACAACCAGCGCGCAAUUGAUCAGAAUUGAUCGGUCGGAGCUUCAAUCGCCGGCGGAUAUCCCCCGCACUCUGAUUACCGCCCCAUCAAUUUUGAUCAAUUUCCCCAGACUUCCUCGAGGCGCGAACAACAACACCACUUUCCGUGAUAGGUCCCAUCUCUCAGGCUUCCUCCGCAUCAUACAGCCGAGUCUCAUAGUCGAUGCAUGCGUGCUACCUCCUAGAACUACCUCCCAACACGUUAGGUGUGCGUGCGCGAUGGCCAGAACACGGAAGAGUGGCUGCAUAGCUCAAGGUCGACCUACAGCAAAACCGAGACCAAAACUUGCUCCAGACAAGCAAGGAAUACAAGGAGAAGGGACAGCCUCGAACGACACGCAAUGCGACAACCCCGAUGACAUGAUCAUCGAAAAGAUCCUCCAGACGGCGAACAGCGAUCCGAAGCGGGCACUUGAUAUGUUCCGAAACUUGGACAAGAAUGCGGUAUCAACACGGCCAAGGUUCGGUCUUCUGAUGGGAGAAGUGCACCAGAUCUUUGAUGCUAUCUACAACAAUACGGGUGUGACUGAGCGCAAUCUCAGAACGCAGGUUCAACUGGUCCAGAAGGACACGUUUCUCUGGUGCAAAGAACUUCACGGAUACAACCUCUACCUGCAUUUCGGAGCGAGUGGGCUGACGAGGACCUUUCUGCGCGAGCUGCGUGAACUGGCAGAAAUGCGUCAUAGUCUCUUCUUAGAUCAAUUUCUCGCGUGGGAGCAGGCCCUCGAGCUUCUAAAACGAGCGCAGUCGCGGCGUCAGGCUGGUCAACGUACGAACGGCACGAGCAUAGAUCUCGAGUGGCAGCCAUCAGACUGCAAGGUCGCAAGAGCGAUCGCAGAGGAGGAGCUCGGCUUUGUGCAGCGACCGAUUCAGACGAACAGGAAGAAAGGUAAGCGGAAAGAAGCGACACCGCCACUGCCGGACGGCGGUAAAGGAGACGGAGAGAAUGCGAUAGCAUCACAAGGAGGCCCUGAGAAUGAAGCAUCCCCGCUAGAAAAUGGCGACCAAGACGUAGGUGGAAGUGAGCGGAGAGGAUCAAAAGAAGCGACACCGUCACUGCCAGCCGCCGGCGAAGGAGGUGGAGAGAAUGCUACGACAUCACAAGGAGGCUAUGAGAACUCGCUACAAGAUAGCAACAAAGAUGGUGGUAGUGGUGCACGCAAAAGAUCAGAAGAAGCGGCACCGUCACUGCCAGCCGGCGCCGAAGCAGAUGGAGACAAUGCGACACCAACACAAGGAGGCCCUAAGAACUCGCUAGAGGAUGCCGACCAAGAUGAGGGUAGAAGUGAGGGCAAUAGCAUCGACGAUGAAUCGGAGGUGGACAUCGAGCAGGCACGCGCAGGUAGUGAUGUUGAUGCAGAGAUCAAUUUUGAUCAUACAGAUGCGGGAUUUGAUGCAGGAUUUGAUGAUGGAUUUGAUCAAGGACUUGAUCAAGGAGGAGGGGUUGGACUUGGCGAAACGCGUGAACACGCCUCACCCUUGCCGAGCUUCAAGAUUCCGAGCUCUCCCAGCCGCCAUUCAACUCACACGCACAUUCAGACUGACAACGACGAACCCCUCUUCCAACUCUCAGUAAUGGUACACUCGCCGUUAAAGAGUCCCGCCUCCAAAAAGCGCCGUCUGCUCAACUGGAAGUCGUCGCCGUCGCCGCCAAAGAUGAGCGACGCGAACCGCCUAGCAGCUGCCCGCGUAUUUCUGUCACACUUCGCCAGCACCAGCAGCGUUGCCGUCACCUUGCAAUCUCAUGCUGCCGCCGUCGCCAUCUCCUCUACCGCGGUAACCACUACCUCGACUCCUCCGCUGUUCCUGGCGCUUCUCGCACCACAGCCUCCCAGUAAUCCGUCGCCUAGUGAGCUCGAUUCAGGCUGGGUACUGGCGCGAGCCUGCGACCGCGAGCGUACCUCCUUCACCCUUCUCACCUCUCCGAGGGCCCGCGAGCCGCCUCCUGCCACUACCGCCAUCACGCUCGACUAUGCACGCACCGCGCUGGUAGCUGUGCUCGGCCAUAGAGAAGGAGAACGGAACAUUGAGCUCCGACAAGAGUCGUUCCUACACGAAAUUGUAGACCUGGACCCUCACGAGGAUGAUGGCUUCAUCAGCUCCUUGGCUGCUGCCACCUGUCUUAUGACGGAUACGGAGCUGCCGAGCCGUGUCUCGCUCUUUGCCUGGGAAAGUGCUCUAGCUGCCGCCAGUGAGGAGCAUGUUCGGGUGUCGGAAGUCAGGAGGGCUGUCGAGCUGCCGGUGUUGCCACAACUGCCUGCGCUUGAAAUGCAGAACGACUACCACGGCGACCUCCUCACAGCAUGUGUCGAGAAGUACAGCAACAGGCUCGCUGCCUGCGAACUCCAAGGAGAGAUACUGGACAAGUACCUUAGCCAACUGCGUCUCAUCCGCGAAUGCGCGACAUCAUCCGCUGCUUGUAUCGACUCUGCACCUGCUCAAGCCAAAACGGACCGCCUUGACGAACGUAUUGCGACACUUGAGAAAUUGCUGGCGCUUUGCGAUGCCGAUGAUUCAGAGGCUUCUGGAUACCAGCAGAACCUCGUCAGAUUGAAACAGCAAAAGGCGGCAAGUCUAGGUGAAGAUCGACGCAAGAGGCUGGAGAACUUGACUUCCUGGAUUGCCAUGAGCAUCCAAGAAGCCGACAUCAAGAAGAGCGCGGCAGAGCGGAGCAAGAAGAAGGUGCACACUUCUCUACGGAACGCGCAGAGCUUACUGGCAGCAACAAUGGAAGCGCAUGGGCUGCAGCAGCAUGGUUGUAAGAUACCGCGACACGAGGUGGCAAUGGAUAGCGGACAUGGAGUUCGUAGUGAGAUUGGCCGCCACAACAAUGUCUACAAUCUGUAA